AUGUAUUUUCUUGAUAAACAUGAUGCUAUUAUAAGUCAAAAUGAUGAAAAGAAUUAUAAAUUAAAUAAAAUACUUCAUGAUAAAAAAAUUAUAAAGUUUAAACGAUUACAUAUCGAUGAUUUAGAAUCUUCAACAAGCACUGUUAGGAAAUUGACAAUAAAAAUAGAAGAAGAACCCCAUAGUUAUACUGUAGAAUUAGAUAUAAAUCAGUCACUUUCAGAAGUUCGAAAACAGUUAUUAGAUCAAUAUAAACAAAAUAAGAUUGGAAGUAUACGUCUAUAUAAGAAUAUGCAUUUUGUUAGUGAAGAUGGAGGUAUGAUAAGCCAAGAUGCAGAAAAUAAUUUUAUGUUAAAUAAGAUACUUUAUGAUGGAAAAAUUAUAAAGAUUAAAAGAUUACGAUCCCUUGAGAACAUUGAUGAUUCAGAAGUUAUAGAACUAUGCCAAUUGGAAUAUGGGAUCAAAAUAUCAAAUGAUGGGCAUGUUAUACCUCAUAAAAAAGCUCUUGAAUUUAUUGAACCUUGUGAAUUACAUGUAGUUGAACUAUUACAACCGACUGCUAAUAUUUAUAAAAAAGACGAAAAAAUUAAACGAGAAACUAUUCGUGAAAUUAUAUGCCAAAAAAAUUUAAUUACAAAAAUGAAUGUUUCCCCUGAUUUACCUUGGUCUUCAAUAUCUGCUGGUCUUGACGUGUUGCAGAGAGAAUCGACACAAGAGUAUGUGUCAUUCGAUGUUAAAUUACGAGGACGUGCCAAAGUAGUAAUGACCAAUAAAGUUCAAUCAACUCAAGACUUUAAAAUAGCCGUAGAAAAUGCUUUGGAUAGUAAUAAUCCUAUUGAUGAACUUAAAAAUAUUUGCGAUACGUACGGAGAAUUUUGGGCACGCGAAGUAAUUUUAGGAGGAAUAAUAGUUCGAGAAGAUAUUGUUGAAAUUAGUAAACAAGCAAAAGAAAAAGCAGUAGAUAUUAAGUAUAGUGAAUCAAAUGAUAAAAAAAUUAACACCAAAAAUAAAGAAACUGGUGUUAAGUCCAUUUAUAUUGGAGGAGACACUGAUGUUGCUAAUAAAGAUCUUGAGAAAUGGGAUAAAUCUUUAGAAGAUUAUACUAAAUGGAAAAUUGUAGAAUUUCGUGAUGUAGUCUCGAUUUUUGAAAUUCUAGACAGUAACCUUCGUAGACGUGUUCUUGGUAUUUUAGGAGAAAGAAUUGUUUACGCUAAAGUCGAUCAACGUAACUUAACAUUUUCAAAUCAAAAACCAUAUAUUCAUGAAUUAGAUGUACCAGAAAAGUAUAAAGGAAAACUUGAUGAUUAUAAAAUUUUCGCAUCAAUAAUAAGCGAAAAAAAAGGUACUUUUUUCGUUCGGGUUGUGUAUAAAGUAGACUCUGCAGAUCUCCUCAUCCAUCAAUUCGGAAAGGAUAGUAGGCUUGAAUAUUCUUUGAAAAUAGUAUGGAUAAUCAUUGGCAUUCCAAAUGAUUUUAACUUGUUUGACUUGAAGGAUUUUAAUAUGAGUGAAUUAGAAAUAAAACUUAGCGGCCAAGUUUCAAGUAAUAAACUUCAAGAAAUUCACGACCUUUAUGAUAAAUACGAUGGAGAUACUUAUCCGAUAGUUACUUGCGCAUUAAAAGAUAGUGAACGUGACCUACAUGAUUUAAAAAUAGUUACUGGAAUACACUUUUAUCGCACCAAUGAUAACCAUUUAAACAUGUGCGUCCAUAAUUAUGAUUUGGAAAAUAAACGUGAAAUAAUUGAAAAGAAUCUUUCUGUUCAAUAUUGGUUAGUUUUACAUUAUUACUUAUAUAUUUAUUAUGCACGUUACACGUAA